ACUUUCGUUUUACGUUUAUGCACCAUAAUCGUGUGGAAAUCCAAAAGUCUAUUGAUAGAAGCACGAAAAGUUCCAAGACUAGAGAUUGGGAACUUUGAAGAAAUUUUUAAAAACUUGGCAGUACAUGGUAAAACUAUAACACAUGGCUGGGCAGUCUGGAGGUAACCCCAUCAGGCCAGAGGCCCUCGGGGGGAUAGACACUAAUGCUCUGUUUGGGAAUAAUCCUACGGACAUCUUUGGACAAGGUGGAGAAAGUGGACUGGCGGCAAUGCUUCAAAGGGGUGGAGUUGGAGAAGAAGGAAUGGGAAAUCUACAAGGUCUUUUGAAUCAAGGUCAAUCUGGAGGUCAAGGUAACCAGAUGUUUAACCCUUCCAUGGCUGGAGGUUUAGGAGGGAAUUUAGGAGGUGGACAGAACAUGUUUGACCCUGCCAUGUUACAAGGAUUAGGAUUGGGAGGAGGUGGAGGAUUAGGAGGAGGUGGAGGAUAUGGAGGAGGGGGAGGAUUAGGAGGAGCGGAUCCCAAUGUACUGAGUAACCUGCAGGGAAUGUCAGAGGAGGACCGUAAAGCUGUACUGGCUGCCAUGCAGGGGGAGGAUACCCCCUCACAGUCUAGAGGAGGAAUCCCAAAUCUUGGAGGUGGUGGGAUUCCAGGAUUAGGAGCAGGUGGCAUGGGAUUAGGUGCAGGUGGCAUGGGAUUAGGAGCAGGUGGUAUGGGACUAGGAGCAGGAGGUGGUGGGAUUCCAGGAUUUGGUGGCACGGGAUUAGGAGGUACAGGACUGCCUAAUAUGGGAGCAGGAUUACCUGGACAAGGAGGAAGACCGGGAAUGUUUGGAGGUCAAAGACUCCCAGGAAAUGUACGACCAAGGACACGUAAGUCACCCACAGGUCAAG